AUGGGGAACGAAGCGAGCCUCGAAGGAGGCGAAGGGGGGCUUGCUGGAUUACCGGAGGGUCUCGCACCGGACGGGAAGGGAGGCUUCAUCCGGAUCCCCAGUGGGGUACAGGCGGAUCUCAGCCAACUCAGCGAGGAUGACAGGAAACAACUCGCCGCCGCUAUGUCAAGGACGCAAGCCAGGAAGCCAGGAGGCGCUCCGGCUCGAAGGCCUUCAGAAGCGGAUGCCCAGCAGCGCCCCCAGCAGGCAGGAGGCGGGGCCUCUCGGGGCCCGACAGGCCUCAGCAAGAGUCGCACCGUAGACGCGUUCGGACAGGGCCCCGUGGGCAAGCCGUCCCCAGGCCGCAGCCCCUCGUCCCUCAGCCUCCUCGAGUCUAAAUUCCGGCAGGAGCCCAAAGACCCAGAGACCAAAACCGGCAUGUUUGGCUCUAACUUCCUGAGCGGGGCCAACCCUCUCAACGCCGUCUCCUCCAUGACGUCCUCCGUGUCUUCCUCCAUGUCCUCUGCGGUUAACAUCCCCAAAUUCGGCUUGUUUGGAGAUGAGGAGGAGGACGAUAGCCCCCCUCCAACAGCAGCCAAGCCAGGAGGGAAGCCCCCUGGGGCGCCCCCAGGGCAGGGGAGAGGCCCUCAGCAAGGCCCAGGGCCCAAGGGCUCCCAGCAAGGAGGACCACCAAGACAGGGCCAAGCAGGGCCCCCUGGACAAGGACCUAAACCAGGCCAGGGCCCCCCUGGACAACAGGGGCCCCCUGGACAGGGACCUAAACCAGGCCAGGGGCCCCCAGGCCAGGCCCCCCCCGGACAGCAGGGCCCAAGACCAGGGCAGGGGCCGCCAGGCCAGGGGCCCCCCGGACAGCAGGGCCCAAGACCAGGCCAGGGGCCCCCAGGCCAGGGGCCCCCCGGACAGCAGGGCCCAAAGCCAGGCCAGGGUCCACCCCAACAGCAAAAAGGAGGCCCACAAGGACCCCCCCAAGGCCCUGGGGGUAAGCCAGGGCCGCAGCAGGCAGGACCAGGUGGUCCUGGGAAGCCUGGGCCCCCUGGCGCGGGUCCACAGCCAGGCGGCCCUGCCAAGGCAGGAGGACCCCCUGGUCCCCCAGGGCCUGGGAAGCCUGGAGGUGGGGCGUGUCCGCUGUGUAAGAGCACCCAGUUGAACGUUGGAGCUAAGGAGCCACCCAACUACAGCACCUGCACCGAGUGCAAGAACCAGGUGUGCAGCCUGUGUGGCUUCAGCCCUCCAGAUUCAGCGGGGAAGGAGUGGCUGUGUCUGAACUGCCAGAUGCAGCGUGCCAUGGGGGGGAUGGAGAACUCAGGCCCCCCCUCCACCAUGCACCCACGACAGGGCUCCGCUCCUUCCUCCCCGCAGAGGAAGGACCCCAACGCCAAACCCGAUGGUAGGAAGCCGUCUCUCCUGAUCAAGCAGCAGAGCGUCACAGACUCCUUCAAAGGCUUAACCCCUCCGACGACGCCCAAGCAGAAAUCUCCGGGUCCCUCCUCCCCAGGGCCCAUGUCCCCCGGAGCCGGCGGACCGCCACAAAUCGACCCCAAGACGGGCCGCCCCAUCCAGCCCGGCCAGAAAGGAAGCCCCCAACCCUCUCCAGCCAAGCCCAAGCAGGAGUCCAGCUUCUUCGGGGGCCUGGGGGGCCUGAGUCUAGGGGGGCUGACGGAUGCAGCCAAGCCCCCCGCCGCUGCCUCCCAGGCGGCAGAGUCUGUCACAGGAAAACUGUUCAGUGGCUUCGGGGGGUUCACAGAAUCGGCAAAGCCUCAAGCCCCGCCCUCCUCCGCCCCUAAACAGGAAGAGUCCGUCGCAGGGAAGCUGUUUGGAGGGUUCGGCUUUAGCGAAGCAGCCAAGCCUCCGGCCGCCGCCUCCCAGAAGGCCGAGGCCGUUUCAGGGAAGAUGUUUGGAUUUGGGUCUUCCAUCUUAAGCUCGGCCACAAACCUCAUCUCAAACGCUCCAGGGGAUGCGGACGCAAACGAAGAGUCUCCACCUGGUUCCCCCCCCGACACCCCCGGAGCGGACUCCCCCCUCGGCUCCCCCCCGGACUCCCCCUUCUCCCCUCCCGGGUCGCCCCCGGACGACUCCGACUGCCCCCCUGACACCCCGGAUGCCAAGUCCAAGGAGGCCCCUAAGCCCAUCCCCCAGGAGGAGAACCUAGAAGUCCAGCCUGCACCAGAGCCUCCCGAAGCAGAUGAGCCUCCUACUCCAGGCCCAGGCUCUGGGGCCCUGGAAAACUGCCCUCUCUGUAAGGUGGAGCUGAAUGUGGGAUGUGACCCACCAAACUACAGCAUCUGUACGGAGUGCAACAAGACUGUGUGCAACCUUUGUGGUUUUAACCCCACGCCUCACCUGGGAGAGAAAGAAUGGCUUUGCCUCAACUGCCAGACCCAGAGAGCCCUCUCCGGUCAGAUGGCAGACAUGACCCCUCCGUCCAUGGCAUCUCCCACCAAGAAGCAACCGCCCGCGCCCCUCCCCACCCCUCCUGCCUCCCCUGCCCCAGCUCCUGCCUCCCCCGCCAAAGGUUUAACCAGAACUGCCUCCGUGCCUCGUGCCCCUCUGGAGGCAGUGCAAGACAAACCCGAGGCAGAGGCAACAGCUGUAGAGGAGACCCCGCACCUUCCCGAUCCCAAGGCUAAGGCAAUGGAGAUGCAGAAAAAGCCCGGAGAUAAAGACUUCGCCACCAAGGAGAGCAGCCCCACAAGCCCAUCAGAUCUGGCUAAACUGGAGAGCUCUGUCCUCCCCAUACUGGAGGCCCAGACUAAAGAACCGACGCAACCAAAGGACGACUUCGAAAAACUCACCGAUUCACUCAAGGGCAGACGCAAACUGGAAGUGCUGCCGAUCUCGUCAGAGUCCCCUAGCUCCGAGGAUGACAGGGAGCUCUCUGAGAAAAAAGAAGCAGAUGCCCCUAAGAAAAGACUGCUCGUUCCGACAGACCUCAGAGGCGACUCACUGGAGGACAGCAGCGAGAGUGUGGGUAAAGACAGCCCCAUGUCCGGGGACGAGGAAGACUUCAUUCGGAAACAGAUCAUGGAGAUGAGCGAGAACGAAGACGCCUCUCCGUCCGACGAAGAAAACCUGAUCCGGCGAAAGAUCCGAGAUCAGGAAAGGAAACGUAACGAAGACCAGAAGGGAGACGUGAAGGAGAGGAGCGCAUCAGGAAAAGCCCGGCGCCUCGUCAAAAACAGCACCAUUAGCCCUGACGACGACGAGAUGAAGAAAAUCAAAACCUCGCUAGACGCCCCUGAGGACACUGGGAAAGAGGGGGGAACUGAAUCCAAAGUCGACCAACCUCAGACAGAGGAGCAGGACGGUGGCAUGGGCGUACGUAAAUUCAGAACCAUCGAGCUCAACACAACCACUUACCCGGUAAGUGUGCCCGAAAUACCAAGAGAUGACGGCGAACUGGAAAUGGAGAACUUGACGGAUUCGCCGGAUGACCGAUCCAGAGGUGAAGGUUCCUCCAGCCUCCAUGCCUCCAGCUUCACUCCGGGGACGUCCCCAACGUCGCUAUCCUCUCUGGAUGAGGACAGCGACAGCAGCCCCAUACGCUCCGGCGAGGGAAAACAGCACAGGAAAGCCAAACACAGACAGCCUGGCCAGGUCCUGCCCACCAUCGAGGAUUCCUCAGAGGAAGAAGAGCUUCGCGAGGAGGAGGAGCUACUCAGGGAGCAGGAGAAGCAGAAAGGCUCGGGGAAGAAAUCCAAGAAGGACAAAGAAGAAAUACGAGCGCAGAGGAGACGAGAGCGUCCUAAAACGCCACCAAGCAACCUCUCCCCCAUCGAGGAUGCGUCUCCAACGGAGGAGUUGAGACAAGAGGCCGAAAUGGAGGAGAUCAGACGUUCCUCCUGCUCGGAUUUCUCCCCCAGCAUUGAGUCAGAGCCGGAAGGAUUUGAAAUAAAGGCGGAGAAGAUUGUAGCUGUCCAGAAGGUGUACACACUUCCCACAUCGAUGUCCCUGUACUCACCAACGGACGACAAAGACAGACAGGACGCCACUCAGAAAAAACAACUGAAAACCGCCGACGAGAUGUAUGAAGAGAUCAUGCUAAAGGCUAAGUCCCCUACAGCUGAAAAGGUUGAAAUCCCUCCAGGGAAAGAGUCCCUUUACGGAGGUAUGCUCAUUGAAGACUACGCCUACGAGUCCCUUGUUGCUGGAUCAAAAACUCAGCAGCAGGAUCCUGAGAAGAUCUCAGUUCCAGCUUCGCCCAAAAAACUCAGAUCGCCAGAUGAGGUUUACGAAGACAUGAUGCAGAAGAGGAAAGAAUUCAUGCAGUUGGAACAAGAAUUCCAACAAACACAGCCUGUGUCAGAGAGGCCAAAACCUACAAUCAUAUUGCAACCGGCCGACAGUAGCACCUCUGCCAGCGCUAAAGUUUCCAUAGGCAAGGAUGGGAAACCCUUGUUAGAUGCAGAAGCUGCUUAUGAAGAGCUCAUGAAGAAAGUGCUGACUCCUGGAACCAGCCCAACCCAGCAGACUGACGUCCCCCCAGCAGAGGGGGCACUUCCUAGUCUGGAGGCUAACAAAGCUCUACCUAGAAGGGCUCUCCAGCCCAUUCCAGACCUCAGGGUGACGCAGUGUUCGUCGGGAGAGGAAGGAUCUGAUGAAGAAUGCAGUGCAGCCAAGAUGGAGGAUGAGCCGAAAGCUGAUGUUCCUGAAGCUUAUCAGACACCUUCAGUAACAGAAGAUCCCACAGCGGUUAUUUGCGAGGUCCCUCCAGCAACUUCGUCCAACCAACCGCAUGCCAUAGUGGCUGCAUCGGAGGUGGAGCAGCGAGUGGAGAUUAGCCAACCCGAAGCCAUAGACCUCUCUGGUGUCCAAUCUGUGACUCCAAACAUGGUCCCAAAACCAGCUGCCCCGGUAGAUUCCAGUGUAUCACCUUUACCCACCGUACCACAGUACACCCCCACUGUGCCCAGCAUCGUGUCCACUGCCCCUCCUGUCCCCCCAAAACCAGCCGUCCUCCGCAGGGGCCUGUCUCAGGAAAAAGCGGACGUCCCCAUCCCUCCACCACUGCCACCUCCCACACUACCCAAACCAACCGUUUACCCAAGGAAACCUCCGGUUCCCCUUCCACCUCAAGCUUCAUCGACCCCAGUCAGGUUUGACCCUGUGGCCAUGACAACAGGACAAGCAGGGUUAGCAAGUCAGCCUGUGGUAGCUACAUACAAGCCCCACGUUCCUCCUCCAGUUCCUCCAAAGCCUUCCUCCAUCCCUGCUAGUAUGGGGUAUAGCCACAGGCCAGGCGAUGGUGUUAAACCGCCUGUUGCACCAAAACCAACAGGUUCUCAGCCAACCUCCCCAGCCCAUGUCACAUAUUCACCAAGACCUACUGUGCUCCCCACGGGCACUCCUGACAUGGCCUUGAAUCUGAGCCCCUUUUCUGAAAGGCCAAGUCACACCUCACCAAAGUCCCCCUCCUCCCCCAGAUACGCCAGCAACCUCCAUGACACGUAUGUGGUCAUCACUCUGCCAUCCCAGCCCAGCUCUCCAGUUGAGGGCUUCACAACCCAGGCCCCAUCAAGUCCAGGCCUAGUAUCUCCUUUAAGACAAGCCCAACCUCAAUCACAGCAUUAUCCACAACCACCUCCCCAUCAAACAACCAGGGUGCCCCUAGCAUACACUCGAAUCACUGAGUCCAUAGAAAGCCAAGAGAUAUGUGGACCAGAGAAGGUUGUGUCGAGCUCCUGUCAUGUGAUUGAGGCCAUAUCGGCUUCAGCACAGCCCCCUCUGGUCAUGCCCAACCUCCUUUCUCAAGUAGUGACGACAGAAGUCCAAAGAACAACGGUGUCUGUGGUGCAUGAAAGAGCCACACCUCCCAUGCCCGCCCCCAGAGCAACCGGCGUUCCCAUUUCGUUGGAGAAACCCAAACCGCAACAGACCCACACUACACAGAGCUACCAGCCAGGAGAGGUAGUCGACCUUCGCACGAUGAAAGAGGAUCCUGAAUCGUCCAUGAAUGGCGUAGAUCUGUCCGCCGGCCCCGAGAUAAGACGUCAGUCCUUGGUACCAGACAUUGGGGGCAUUCGUCCCACAAGUGCAGUGCAGUCAUCGGUUGUCAACCUCAGCGCUGAGUCCUCCACUGUUUCCAUAGUGACAGACAGCAUCACCAUAGUAACGUGCGCGGCAACCAUACAACGGUACGAGAAUGUAGACACCCCCGAAGCAUCCUCCUGCAUGCCCCUUCAGCUCACAAAAAACAAAGUGUUCGAGCCUGUUUCUCAAAUCGUUUACCGGCCCAUAGAUUCUCAACCCUCCACCAGCGCCAACGCAGAAAUCCCCAUAAACCUCUCUGUUGGAUCUAGCACGGGAGGUGGAACCUUCCAGCCACCGCCGGUCACCAUCGCCCCAACUCCCACUCCCGCAUGUGUCGCCAAUGGCCUAACCAGUGGCACGGCCACAGUAGCAGGGGCAGUGGACCUCAGCACGGUAAAACCUUUCAACACAGUGGUGUCAAUCGAUCCGUCCACUGUGGAUGUCGUUACGGCUGUGAUCACUGAGGAUGACGGGAAACCAGUGGACCUGACGGCUGGACGGAGAGCCGUUUGCUGUAAUGUCGUCUACACACUCCCUUUUACAGGGAGCUGCACCACGCAGCAGGCAACCACACCUUUACCCGAGGACCGUUUUGGAUACCGGGAUGAUCAUUAUCAGUAUGAUCGUACGCCAUAUGGAAUGAGAGGGUUUGGCGGGAUCAAACCGUCAAUGUCAGACACUAACCUGGCCGAGGCUGGACUUUUUGUCUACAAAAGCAAGAACAGUUAUAAUUUCAAUGGCACCACUGAAGGUGCAGUUGACCUGACAUCAGCAAAGAUAUCCGAUGCAGGAGAAGCUGUUGACUACUCCAAGAAAGGAACAUACUCUGGAAUGACAAUUCCUCCUUACUCCCAAGCCAGAGUAACAGGUUCUACAGGGACACUCUUUGGAACGAGCAGUGUCUUGAGGUCGUCUAACGGUGUGGUUUACUCUUCAGUGGUCGCACCAAUUCCUUCCACCUAUGCCAUCACCACCCAGCCUGGUUCCAUCUUCAGCACAACGUACAACUCCCUGUCAGGGAUGCACACCAGCGACACCAUGCCGUCCCUCUCUGACCUCCAGAACCAGCCCCUCACCAGAUCCCACAGCUUCCUCUCAACCCUCUCCAUCACGACGGCAGACGAGCAGAGCAACGCUCCCCUCAACCUGGAGAUUUCCAAACACGGCGUCUCCGCCGCUGGUUUCGGCAUCGCGACCGCCGCAACCUCUCUGGCUCUGGACUCUUACACUGAGGCGUCCCUGGAGGCCAUCGCAGCCUCCCUAGAGGCCCUGUCCUCCCCCAUGGUUCCCGGGGACGGCCAGUAUCAGAUGGAGCGGGAGAUGCUGGAGGUGGAGAAGAUGAAGCAACAGCGGCUGGCGGAGGAGCUGGAGUGGGAGCGGCAGGAGAUCCAGCGCUUCCGCGAGCAGGAGCAGGUUCUGGUGCAGAAGGAGCUGGAGGAGCUGCAGUCGAUGAAGCAGCAGAUCCUCUGCCAGCAGGAAGAGGAACGCCAGGCCCAUCUGAUGAUGCAGAAGGAGACCUACGCCCAGCAGCAGCAGCAGCUGGAGCAGAUCCAGAGGCUACAGGAGCAACUCCGGCAGCAACUGGAGGAACAGAGGUUCAUUAAGAUGUACCCAGGGGCCGAUGCCGUGGGUCACGGCCAGCAAGAGGCCAUCAUCUUGGGGCCGGACGGCACGGAGCUGUCCCGCAAGAUAAUGGACAGCGGGGUUCAGACCGACGAGGAAGACGGGGCGGUCGAGAAGGCGUACACAGCGGGGAGGAAGAAGAGGACGGUGAAGAAGAGCGUGGACAGCUGCGUGCAGACGGACGACGAGGACCAGGAGGAGUGGGAGGUGCCGGCGAGGGGGAGACGGAGCAGGCCUCGCACGGCCCGGGGAGAGAGAGGGGGACAGGCCGACAUGUCUAUCCAGGCCCAUGCUGAGAUCUCCAUACAGACUGACACAGAGGGCAACGUCAGAAUGGACACGAGAAUGGAGCUGUCAGACUCGGAGAGAACUUCCCCCAAGAGAAGACCCACCCCCUUAGAGAUAGGCACGUCCCCACACCUCAAAACGGACUCCGUCACCCUUCAAGCCCCUCCCAAAUCUCCCAAAGUUCUCUACUCCCCCAUAUCUCCUUGCAUAUCCCCCAGCAAAUCUCUGGAGUUUGUGUCCUAUGAGAAAUCACUAGGUGACACUAGCCCCCAGAGGAUAAGAGGAAGCGUCGAACCGACCAAAGUCUCUCCUGCCAGCCCGAGGUCGUCGAAGGUCAUGCAACGAUCCCUGUCCAUGAGUCCCACAGGAGAGGAGAGAACAUCAUCUAACCAGUUUGGGGAAGGUUACUCUGGAAAAGGUUCAUCAGGCAGCACGCCAACAGGAACUCAGAAGAAGGUGAAGAGAACCCUCCCAAACCCACCUUCCGAAGACGAGUCGACGUCUGCCAGUCAGACCGCCUACAGCACCGGCUCGGCACGCCGGCGCAUGUGCCGCAACUCCAACAUGGCGCGAGCCAAGAUCCUCCAGGACAUCGAUCGAGAGCUCGACCUGGUGGAGCGUGAGUCUUCCAAGCUUCGCCACAAGCAGGCGGAGCUGGACGAGGAAGAGAAGGAAAUCGACGCCAAGCUGAGGUACCUAGAGAUGGGAAUCAACCGGAGGAAGGACGUCCUGCUGAAGGAAAGAGAGAAAAGGGAGAGGGCCUAUCUGCAGAGCGUGGCUGAAGACCGCGACUACAUGUCGGACAGCGAGGUUAGCAACAUCCGGGAGACGCGGGGAAGCCGAGGGGUCAGCGGGGUCGAGGAGGUUGGAAGUCACGGGCUGGAGCGUCCCAGGACGGCACCACAGUCUGAAUUGGAAGAAUUCGUCCCACCGCAGACGACACACGACUACAGCAAGUACUCCCAGUACCAGUACUCCCAGAGCCAGACGAUGUAUCAGCAGCAGUCCCUCUACCAGGCCCCCCAGUCCUACCAAUCCCAGUCCCUCUACUCGUCCGUCCCCUCCCUCUCCAGCUCCCAGCAGCAGAGCUAUCACCAGAUGCUCCUGCUCCAGCAGAAGGCUGCACGACAAGCUGCCCUUCUCGCCGAGCUCGACGCCACCAAGAUGGCCUCCGCGUACGACGUCAUCAGCCGUCAGCCCGACCCCACGUCCUCCUCCUACCUGGGGGUGAGGUACGACAAGUAUGGCAACCACUUGGACCUGCGGGCCCUGGAAGGGGGCAGCAUGGCGAGCAGCCCAAUGUCCAACGUUUCUGAUUCCUUUUAUACCGACAUGGACCAUCACACACCUAGGAGCUACGUCCUUCUGGAGGAUGCUGCCGAGUUGGCCAAGAGCUCCACCAGCCUGGCUUCCUCAUCCUACAGCCUGGCUGAGAAGGAGCUAGCCAAAGCGGAGAGGCUUCUGCGGAGAAGCGCGGCCGAUCUUGGCUCGACGGACUACCUGGGCUCCACCUCCAGGUUGCACACGUACGGGAAGACGCCCGACGAAGAAGACGCCAUGGAGGAGCCGUACGAGCUGAAGCUGCUGAAGCAGCAGCUGAAGCAGGAGUUCAGGAGGAGCGGGGGCGGGACGGAGAGCCUGGAACAGCUGACCGGGCUCCCUCAGCACUACUACACCCCCAGUUCUGGAGUGUCCAGCUACUCCCAAAGACACUACCCAAAGACGGAAAAGUACAGCAUCAGCCGGCUGACCCUGGAGAAGCAGGCUGCCAAGCAGCUGCCCGCUUCGAUGCUCUACCAGAAACACAAAACCCCACAGAUGGAGCCCAAGAUAUCCACCAAGUACUCCUCCGUUCAGGACAGCCGAGGCCUUGAGACGGACUACAGCAGCUACCUGGGUUCCAGCGGCAGUUCCCCCAGGUCCAGUCGCCUGAUGCAGGACGAGAUCACAUUCGGCCUGCGCAAGAACAUCGCCGAACAGCAAAAGUAUCUCGGGUCCACCUUGGGAACCAACCUGGCGGGCUCUCUCAACCUGGGCCAGAGCAUGAACCUGGACUCUGCCUAUCCUAGCGGCAGCCGCUCCCGUCCGACCUCUCGUCCAACCUCCGUGUAUGGCCUGGACCUGUCAAUCAAGAGAGACCCUUCCAGCUCUUCGCUAAGGCUUAAGGGGGAUGGGGAGGUGUCGCUGGAGGGUUCCAGCUACCAAGCACCCUCCGGUCGCACUAAGCCGACCAGUCUGCCCAUAGUGCAAGGAGGUCGGGGCCGCAUUCCCAUCGUGGCACAGAACUCAGAGGAGGAGAGCCCUUUGAGUCCUGUGGGGCAACCCAUGGGCAUGGCCCGGGCAUCAGCAGGACCUCUGCCUCCCAUCUCAGCUGACUCGAGGGAUCAGUUUGGCUCCUGCCUCUCCCUGCAGGAGAACCAGCAACAGCAGCACCUGAGAGAGGAGCCGACAAGGGGGAGGGGCUACGUGAUGAUGGACGACCUGCAGGGCACCAUGUCGGACAGCGAAGCCCUCAGUGACUCCAUGAUGGCUUUGAACAGAGAGGAUCCACGAGACUCACAUGAGAAUAUAGCUAACGCCUACCACCUGUGCCGGGAGGAAACUGACUGGUUUGAUCAGCCGAGAGACGGGCGACCUGAGAAUGGCCAUGAGAGGAGACAGGGAAAGGAUCUGUACUACCCCUUUCCUCACACCAGGGUUAAACUGCAGAGAAAUCCCAAGGAUCGCAGUGUAUCAGGAAAUGGCUUAGGCAUCCGUGUGGUGGGAGGGAAAGAGGUUGCCGGCAGCAACGGAGACAUCGGAGCCUACGUUGCCAAGGUCCUUCCUGGCGGAGCAGCGGAACAAUCUGGGAAGAUUCUAGAAGGAAUGCAGGUGUUGGAGUGGAACGGGCUUCCUCUCACAGGGAAGACCUACGAGGAGGUGCAGGGGCUUGUGGGACAACUCUGUGGGGAGGCGGAGCUCUGUGUCAGGCUGGAUCUGAACAUGCUGGCUGACUCAGAUGCCUCCCAGCAUCUGGAUUUCCAGGACCAGACUAAGGGCGACCGUCCCCCCAGGUCUCCGGGGGUGGAUCCCAAACAGCUGGCCGCCGAGCUGCAGAAGGUGUCCCAGCAGCAGGCUCCGCCCCCGACCACCUCCUCCACGUCUCGGCGGGGGGGCGACAGGGGAUCCCACGGCCUGUCAGGAACCACCUCCACCACCUCCACCGUCUCCACCGCCAUCGCCAGCCCCGCCCAGCCCGGCUCACCCUCCGUCAGCAAGAAACGUCACAGCAGCAAGACAGUGGAGGCGGUGAAGACCCAGACCCACCCUGUCAGCGGGGAGAUCCAGCUCCAGAUUAACUACGACAAGCAGAUGGGGAACCUGAUCGUGCACGUGCUCCAGGCCAGGAACCUGGCGCCUCGCGACAACAACGCAUACUCAGACCCCUUCGUUAAAGUUUACCUACUGCCUGGGAGGGGUCAGGUCAUGGUUGUCCAGAACGCCAGCGCUGAGAAUAAGAGAAGGUCAAAACAUGCAGGCAAGAGUCUGAAUCCAGAGUGGAACCAGACCGUCAUCUACAAGAACAUCCAUCUGGAACAGCUGAGGAAGAAGACCUUGGAGGUGAGCGUCUGGGACUACGACAAGAGUUCCUCCAACGACUUCCUGGGAGAGGUUCUCAUCGACCUGUCGAACACAGCCCAGCUGGACAACAUCCCUCGCUGGCUCCAGCUGAAGGAGCAGACCGAGGGGGAGCACCACCGACGCUCCCACACGGCCCAGGGACGCCAGCACUCCCCCAAACAGCCCUCCCACGGCAGCCAGCACGCCUCCCCCAAGACCGGCGGCUCCGCCCAGGACUCCGCCCAGGACUCCCCCAAGUCCUCCGUCAUCAAGAGCAGAAGCCACGGGAUAUUCCCAGACCCGGCCAAGGACACGCAGGUGCCCACUAUUGAGAAAUCACACAGUAGCCCCAGCACAUCGAAGCCUUCCCAUUUAGAGAGCCACAGCCAACAUCAGCACACUCGCUCUCAAGGCGCUCCGCGCUCCGCCAGCGGCAAAUCCGCCUCGCGGCCACACCACCCCAAGGACGGCGGAAGUGCCGGCGGCGGUGUUGCCGUGGCAGCGGGCGAAGCUUCCGCCCCUCAGCAGCAGCGUACGCUGCAGCGUCUCCAACCAACCCGGGCCAGCCACAGGUCUGGGGAUGCCCCGGUAACGGCCGCCUCAUUGGACAGCGGUCUGAGUGGCAGCGCCUACAGCCUAUUAGACGAAGACGGGGAGACCAACGCAGUGGACAGUGCCAUCUUCCAGAUCCCACGACUUGGAAAGAUUCCAAACGGCACAGAUGGGAUGAAGUCACCACUGGGACACGGCGACUCAGAGGGUAAGACCCAGGUGAUGGGGGAGAUCAAGAUCGCUCUGAAGAAGGAGGUGAAGACUGAGGGGGAGCAGCUGGUGUUGGAGAUCCUGCAGUGCAGAAACAUCACCUACAAGUUCAAAUCUCCAGACCACCUGCCUGACCUGUAUGUGAAGCUGUAUGUGGUGAACAUCGCUACGCAGAAGAGGAUCAUCAAGAAGAAGACCAGAGUGUGUCGCCAUGACCGCGAGCCCUCCUUCAACGAGACCUUCAGGUUCUGCAUGAACCCCACCGGUCACUCUCUACAGCUGUUCUUGGUGUCGAACGGGGGUAAGUUUGUGAAGAAGACCCUGAUUGGAGAGGGCUACGUGUGGCUGGAUAAGGUUGACCUGCGCAAGAGAGUGGUGAGCUGGCACAAACUGCUGGCCAGCUCAGCCCAGAUCCACUCCUAAGAGGGUACACCCCCCUUCACCCCCCCCAACAUCUCUGACUCCCUAAAACUGGUGUGGGACAAGACAGAAGGGCUCCGGGGUACCCCGUAUUCUCUGAUCACUGCUCCGUUUGUUCCAGACCUGCUCACAGGCUGCACCCCUGAGGGGGAGACAAAGACCUGUGGGGUGCAGCGGGGAGGUAUGUUGUUCUGACAAUGUGGGUCUAGGUGUCAGGGUGACAGGGUUGAGCUGGGAAUGGAGAGAGAUUAUCUUAGUAGAGUACUAAAGUGUUUUUUGUGACUACAGGAAGUUGAGAGGACAUGGUUAUGUGUUUACAGGAAAUGAGCUAGUGUUUACAGGUAGUAGCGUGCGGUCCAGAGCGAUGGGUGGCGGAAACAAAGCGAGAACUGAACUAACCAGGUCUUACAAACAUACUCACGUUUACACGCAUAGGCGUGUAAACACCUACACACGCGCACGCACACACAGGCACAUGUUCACUCACGUUCACAUGAACACGCUAAAGCCACAGAGAAAGUGAAUAAAUAGAUACAGGGAAUGGACACUUGUAGAUUCUAAUUUAUUUAUAUUUUAACUGUAAUUUUUGUUCACAAAUUAAAUUAUAAUUAUGGGGCUCUGUACCCCUUUACAUUUAUGUAUUGAUAUCAGAAUUUAAAUUUAUUCUUGAAGAAUUUGGAGAAUUACAUAUCUAAUAUUAUCUAUUGAGAUGCACAUCUUAUUUUUGUAGUUUGAUUUCAUCAAAGAUGUACGAAUGGUCAUAUUUCUUCUCCUCGGUCAAGUAAUGUAUUUCAGUCCAGAAUUUCUAUCCAGAGAGUGCACAGUCUAUUUUCUAACACACACUUAAUUCAUUCCGAUUUUAAAGUUGCUCUGAGGUGGCAUGAUUUUGUUUUGCAUUUAUAGUCUAUAUAUCAUUUAUAGUCUAUAUAUCAUUUAUAGUCUAUAUAUCAUUUAUAGUCUAUAUAUCAGCCUGUCCUCUUCUUUAUGGCUCCUUUCUUAGAUGUAAAUGUAGAUCUAUCUAACAUAGUAUAUAACAGAUAAGAUGUUCUAUAUCUCUAGUUGGUGUGAUGUGAUCAGAUGGGGAAAGUUUGCAUUGUGCACAGCCGUAUAUCUAUACAGCCGUAUAUCUAUCCUGUGAGGUAUUUCUGUAGUACCACACUCUGCACAAGCGGAAACAUGUUCAUCCACUAUCUGACGUUCACUUCGUAUGUAGUGGAGUACAAUGUCAUUGUUGGAGAAUAUACUGUAUAUACAGUAUAUAUAAACACACACAUAUAUAUAUAUAUAAUAAAUAUCUACCUAUCACUGACAAUCCAAUGUGUAUGAUUGAGAUUUAAAUGUUUGACUGGUAUUACCCUUUAGGAUGUGGACCACGAAGCACAUCAUAUUUAAUUGCUUUGAUCAUUCUUGUUUUUCUUCUUAUGAUUCGUUGUUAAUUUAUUGCAUAUUGGCGGUCCUAUCCACAAUAUGUACUGGACGAGAGAAACAGCGUGACGCGUUUUACGUUUUACUUUGCACUUUUCUAAUUAUUUCUAAUAUAGAGAUAACUUCUGUAGAAGCUACCCUUUGAAGAUACUAUGAAUCACAAGUGACAGUUAUUCCUGUACCAGGGACUGCUAAAAAGAUUUAAAAACAACUACAAGGGUUUUCUGUAUCAAACAUUCCAACAUUCCCAACAUUUAUUCAGAUACUUGUUUAGCGUAUAGUGCUUCCCCAAGUUCAAAUACAUUUCAUCAGGGUACCCCAAUCCUUUUUGAGAUGGUUGGUAUUCAUCAAUGUGUGUACUGAUUAUGAACUGUCAUGAAUCAAGAUACAUCAGUGACAUUUUAAUAUUUAGCUACCUGCUUUCGUGUCAUACAGUCUCUUCUUGUGUAAUUUCCUGUCUGUGUCAUUUCCUGUGCGGUGGGCGCCGUGUGUAUACAUGGACAUGCGAGACAGGAUCUUCGUUUGAGUUUCACAGCUUGUUUGUUAGGGGUCAAAGGGCACGGGGGCUGGUCAGACUGUGACUGUUUGACCUGUGCCAAACUUUGACCAAAAUCCACAGAUCAUGUCCCCGAGUGAUUUCUAUGCAACAUAGAGCUAUGUGUUGGAAAUGGAUCUUGAGAUUAGUCAAAAUGGCUGUUUAAGUAACAGAGCGUUGGAAGAGGGGAAAAUAUAACAUUUUGUUCAUUAUUUUUAUUUAUUUUUUACAAUUGUAUUUUCACGUCUCAGUGCUAGUUUUAUGGCAUUAAUGUGUUUCUUUUAUAAUGAGUCAUUUCACAUGGCUGUGUGCAGAUGUAUUUAUCCAAUACAUGCUUUUGUUUCAUACAGUAUGUUGUAAAUGUACAUAACUAAUUGAAACAUAUUUUGAUUUAUAAAUAAUAUACAGUUAUUGUUUACAGAGUUUAGUUACCUUGACGGUCAGAGGAAGGUUCUAGUAGAGAGGUACACACAUGCAGUGUACAAGGGUCAGCUCAUAUCAAUAUAUCAUAUCAAGUACAAAUAUGGACAAACUCUCUUCAUGAUCUCAUUUCAAAAGCACUUACGUUUUCCACAGCUUUUAUUUUUCCAGUAAAUACAUGAGUUACUAAACGACACAACAACCUGUUGAUGUGAUGUCACAAUAUUAUCAAAUCUUUGCACCCUUUUGCUUCCAUGAGCGUGUGAGAUCCAACUUCAUACUAAAUCCAUGCAUGGCAACGUCCUAAGUGCACCUCCCUUUUCUAAAGUAUAGUCUCCACACGGAUGGAAUCUCUCUCUGUUUCUCUUUCUCACACACACACACACGCACACACACACUCACACAACCCCCCACAAGGCGGUGCCGUUUCUUAGUUUGUUACCUUGUAUAUAAAUAUCUUCUUUUUUCUAUGAGACGGAUCCAGAUAAACUUUCUCUGAUCUGUGAUGCAUGAGGAGAGCGACACAUCUCCUGACCGCAGAGUCGGAGCGCAGGAGAUGAGGAGACGCGCUUCUUGUGGAUCUAUAGGAGCCCCAUCUAUCCUGACCCUUACACUGAACACAACAGAGAGUAGAAACACACUAAAGUUUUAAUCUUACCAACUCAAGUAGUGGCAGGAGAAUUUAAAUGUGCUCACGUUGGAUGUUGCAUGUUAUGUUGGUGGUCUGUCCAUACUAUUUUUGUGUCCAGAUUCUAUUUACAAAGGGAGGCGCAGAGGAAAACAAAUGCUUAAAGGGGAAAAAUAUGAAGAAAAACUAAAUUAUUUAAAGAUGUAUGCUAACUGUACAAAGAUUAUGCUUGUAAAAUCGUUCUGGUUUUUCCACUUCUAUGUAAACCGAAAAUCUACUGUCAUGGUUUUGUGAUUGUACACAGGAGGUAUUGAUAAAUUAUGCAAAUUGUGCUGUAAAAAUACGGCUGUUGCCCUGAGUCUAAAUAUUAAAUAUAUGUACAAAUGAAGUGUAAGGGUUUGGUUUUUGCAAAACUGUUGGCAAUUAUGUCCUUUGAUGCAUUAUAUACAAACAGAUCAACUCAUUGAAAUGUUCAGGACCUUUUUCUUUUGUAUAAUUAGUGUGGCUGACUAGGCUACUUACAGAAGCUAGGUAGAGAGACAGAAAAGUAGCCCGUCCAAUCAUUGAUCUGAAUGCCGUCCAUUACAGUCCUGUGAAAGAUUUCAGAUUUAUAAAAUGUUACUGUCAAACCUUUAGACUAGCUAUCAGGUUGGGAAGUUAAUUUAAGCACAUUUUAACAAAAAGUGCUCAA